GUAUUACCACAGUGUGCAGAGAAGGCAGAGCUGCGUCUUCCUCUUUUAUUUUUCCGACUGGGCCGGGGUCUGCAGGGCUCAGCUGAACCCAUGAGCUCCCAGAGCUAACCCCUGACCACCAGGGCAGGCAAAGGGCUGAUGUCGGUAUCCCCCAUCCUGGAGGGGCAGGCCUUGCGCAUCCGCUCCUGGCAUGGCGCUGCGGCACCUCGCCUUCCUGGCUGGCCUUCUGGUGGGAGUUGCGAGCAAGUCCAUGGAGAACAUGGCCCAGCUGCCCGAGUGCUGUGUGGAUGUGGUGGGCGUCAACGCCAGCUGCCCAGGUGCAAGCCUGUGUGGCCCAGGCUGCUACAGGCACUGGAACGCGGACGGGAGCGCCAGCUGUGUCCGCUGUGGGAACGGAACCCUCCCAGCCUACAAUGGCUCCGAGUGUAGAAGCUUCGCUGGCCGGGGUGCGCCAUUCCCCAUGAACAGAAGCUCAGGGACCCCCGGGCGACCACAUCCCGGGGCUCCGCGCGUGGCCGCCUCCCUCUUCCUGGGCACCUUCUUCAUCAGCUCCGGACUCAUCCUCUCUGUAGCUGGGUUCUUCUACCUCAAGCGCUCCAGUAAACUCCCCAGGGUCUUCUACAGAAGAAGCAAAGCCCCAGCCCUGCAGCCUGGCGAAGCCGCUGCAAUGAUCCCCCCGCCACAGUCCUCAGUACGGAAGCCGCGCUACGUCAGGCGGGAGCGGCCCCUGGACAGGGCCAUGGACCCCGCUGCCUUCUCCUCGGCAGAGGCCCGUAUCAGCAACGUCUGACCUGGAGGCCGAGACCACACCAUGCGCUUGGCAGCAGUGACCCGGAGGCUGACCCCUUGGCGGGAGCCCGGCACAAAGGGUUGGCAUCGCCCAGCGCCCGGGACAGGCCUGGGCACAGCCCUGGCUCUGAGUCUCUCUGUCUCCCAGGGACAGACACCGAGGGGUCCCGGGCUGCCUGAGGCUCCUUCACACCACAGCCGUCGGCUUUAUGGGACCAGGAGCGGGCAUCCGUGAGACCUCAGAGCAUCAGAUCGAGGCCCUGGGGGGUCUGGGCCCCCCAGGAAACAUGAUGAGGCCCCAGCACCUGCAGCC